AUGCUCCCCGCCAGAAUCGUCGUCGAGUCCCUGAUUAACGCAGGCGUGAAACUUGUCUUCGGUAUCCCGGGUGCCAAGAUAGACGCCCUUUUCAACGAGUUGCUCGAUCACCCAGAGAUCAAACUCAUCAUCUGUCGCCAUGAGCAGAACGCUGCAUUCAUCGCAGCGGCUAUUGGGCGGCUGACGGGGAGCCCAGGGGUGUGUAUCGCAACCUCGGGACCAGGCGGCACCAACCUCGUCACCGCUCUCGCAACAGCUAAUACGGAAGGCGACCCCGUUGUUGCCCUCGUCGGCUCAGUCCCCCGAAACAUGUCCGCCGCAAAAACGCACCAGUCCAUGAACGUGAUGGCGGUUAUUGCCCCCAUCGCCAAAAAGACCCAGAGCGUAGACCACCAAGACCAAGUCGCCGACAUCACCAUCGAUGCUUUCCGCACCGCCGCAUCCUACCCGCAAGGCGUCUCCGCCAUUGCCCUCCCUCUCGAUAUCAUGAGCACCGUCCCGUCCAAGUUCCUUGCCUUCCCCCAGAAAGCCUUCACGCCCCCAAUGUACGGUGCCGCUCCGCAGCCUCUGGUCUCCGCACUGGCACGCAUGAUCAACCGAGCCAAACUCCCAGUGCUGCUUCUGGGUAUGCGCUCCAGUGAUCCCGCGACCGUCGGUACCAUCCAGGCGCUGCUGCAGAGGCACCCUCUCCCCGUGCUCGAAACGUUCCAAGCAGCAGGCUGCGUCUCGCGGGAUCUCAAGCACUUGUUCUUCGGCCGGCUGGGCCUCUUCCGCAACCAGCCCGGCGACAAGCUGCUCGCGCGCGCAGACCUUGUGGUCACGGUCGGGUACGAUCCGACGGAGUACGACCCGUUCAGCUGGAACGUUGACGGGGACAUGAGGGUCGUGCAUGUGGAUGUCAAGGGCUGCGAUUACACGCACCACUACCAGCCCGAGAUUGAACUUAUCGGAGGCAUCGGUGCCACGAUCGAGGCUCUUACUAGCCAGUUAACGGAGACGAAGGAACUUGCUUGUAAGGAUAUCUGUGAUGAGAUAUCUGCCGAGCUACACAAGUGGGAAAACACAGAUCUGAGGGCGGCGGGCAAGGACUUGAAAUUAGUCCACCCGUUGCACUUCAUCUCCACCCUCCAGAGCCUCGUCAAGGAUACGACGGUCGUAUGCUGCGAUGUCGGGACAGUAUACAUCUACAUGUCGCGGUAUUUCUUCUGCUACCUCCCUCGCCACUUUUUAGUAUCAAACGGCCAGCAAACCCUCGGCGUUGCCCUCCCCUGGGCCAUCGCCGCCUCCCUCAUCCAAUCCCCGACGGACCCGUCCGCCCGCCAAAAGGUCAUCUCCCUCUCGGGCGACGGCGGCUUCAUGUUCACCUCGCAGGAGCUCGCCACGGCGGUGCAGCAGCAGUGCGACAUCACGCACUUCAUCUGGAACGACGGCACCUACAACAUGGUCGCCUUCCAGGAGGAGGCCAAGUACGGCCGCACCUCGGGCAUCGACCUCGGCGGCGUCGACUUUGCCCUCUUCGCCGAGUCCUUCGGCGCCAAGGGAUUCCGGGUCGAGAGCGCGCAGGACCUCGAGCGCGUGGCGCGGGAGGCGCUGGCGUAUAGAGGGGUCAGCGUCGUGGAUAUCCCGAUUGACUAUAGCCAUGUGAGCGAGCUGAUGGGGAAUAUCAUUAGGAAGGAAUUCAAUUAG